UUAUGGUAUAGUGAAUUGCAAUUGUCUCUAUUAUAAAGCCUGUCAGAGUACUGGCUUAUACUAGACCAGGCAAAGGACUCAUAUUCUCCCUUCCCCUUCAGUCAUUUGCAUGUGUCUCCUCAUUUUCAAUCUGUAAAAUCCACUCUCAGUCACCUAACAUGUAAUGACUCUUUUGCUCUAUUCAGGUAGGGCAAAAAAUUCUGAGCAGACUCAUCAUGGAGAAGGCAGAGAAUGAAGUUCACAUUUUCUUGAGCCCAAGGGAGAAAUGCUGUGGAGCUAAAAACAUUCACUUAUCUGUAAAGUUGUAAUUAGAUGGCAGCAGUUUGCCAAUACUCCGGAGUCAGGUAGUGAAAUUCCCACAAGGGAGUGCAGUGCCUCUCAGAAAACAAUAUGAUAUUUGUGUUACAUGAAAUCUUUCCUGUCCUGAAAUUCUUCUAUUUUGUUGACAGCUGAGUUGAGGGAUCUGCUUGAAGCAGACUAGGAGAAGUCUGGCUAGAGAGCUGCCUAGAGGAGAAGGACCUGGGGGUAAUGGUUGACAGCUGACUGAACAUGAGCCAGCAGUAUGCCCAGGCGUCCCUAUGAGCUGGUCUCCGUCAUUUGGUGCCGAAACCCGGGAUACUCGGUUGCUAAAGGACAGGACGUCGCUCGCCUUCACGAGCCGCGGUUGAUCCUGAUGACUGCCAAAGAUUUGCUUUUAGUGUUCCUUCUAUUAACUACAGCGAACCUAUGGACCGCUACCAAUGGGAAGUUUUACCUCAAGACGAAGCUUCGCCACAGUGGAUUCCGGAAAGGUGCAUCCGACAUGCCAAAAACAAGAAUGGGGAAACUACGGCGACGAAUGCAGAGGCUGUCGUUGAGUAGAGACUGGGAGACGGGGAUUCGAUUAUUAGCAAUGUUGCUGAGCACCCUAUGGCUGUUACAACACGGAUGUAAGGCAGAAACAUAUUGGGCCUUUGUUCCCAACCCUCCUAUUAUCCAUCCAGUUACAUGGGAAGAGCCGACAGAUAUUCCCGUACACAAUAAUCAGACUAUGUUUAUGGGACAAUAUUCUGAUAAACAUAUUGUGAUCUUUUCAGCACGUUUUAACUUUUCUGGAAGGUUAGAUGGCAAUCCAAUGUGUUUUCAAAUCAAUCGUACUGAAUCAUCAUGUGAGGAGGUGAUUAUCCAACAUGACUGGGAUACUAAUGUGUCAUGCAGAACAUCGUACUAUUUGUGUAACCCCAGUAGAAUAUAAUUGUACUAUGUUUUCAUGGGAUAAAAUCCAAAGUCACUUACAAGGCAUUUGGAAUAAUGCUAACACCUCUCUGGAUUUGGAUAAAUUAAAGCAACAUAUUCAAGAUAUGUUAAACUCCCAUAAGGUAGAUCUAGCAGUAGCCAAACAGGCAGAAACCUUUGUUAAUGCUUUGAGAUCUGCCUUUCCAUCUUUUGAAUCUUUUAAACAAGGGAUUUAUGGCUUAAUAACAAUUGCUAUUGUAAUUCAUUUGGGACUACUUGUCUGUCCAUACAUCUUAAGGCUUAUCAUAAAACAGUUUCGGCAAAUAGUCAUGGACAUGAAAAAAAUGAAAUUGGAACACACUAAAGAUAAACCGAUUCCGCUUUCAAUUUAAAAAGAAAGGGUGAAAUGAGGAGAACCAUUAUACAUUCUGAGGGCCUGAAAGGGUCAAAAGCAGAAUGAUGAAGCCAGAGGCCUUGAGAGCAGUGUUCUGUGGGGCCUGAAAGGGUCGAUAACAGAAAACUGUGCUGAGAUCAAAAGCCGCUCCUCCUGGAAGGGAGUAUGUGGACACAGAGGUUCUUGGCGAUAUAAUGGGUUUCUCCCCAUUCCAGGGCCCAAGCUAAAUGUAUACACUCCAGGAACACCUGCAGAUUUAGUUGAGGAUGUUAUGUGAACUCUGGACAGACACGUAGACCCUUGUUUUGUAGAACUUGUAGAGCCUGCUUUCUCACGACAAGAAUAAUAAUAAAGUAUGUAAACAGUGCAUACAAGUACGAUGUUAUCUCAACCAGAAGAGUAUAAAAACUCCGUUUGGAGAAUAAAAUGUUGCUACUUGCCACCAGAGCGGUAGUCCGUCUGUCGAUUUAGGCGUCCCUGUGAGCUG